AUGGGUCGAAUGUUAUAUACUCAAUUAUUUCGACCUCGACGAAUUUUAAUUGUACUUAGUUUUAUAAUAUUAUUAAUUGCUGCAAAUCAUUUCUAUGCUACUUCUUUAACAAGUUCAACAGAAAAUGUUAAGUCACGUUCUCCUAGACGAAAUGUUAGAGAAAAACAAAUAACUGAACAGAUCGUUGAAAUCAAAGAUCGACAGCCAUUCUAUAAAUUAUAUAUAUAUGAAGGAUAUGAAGUUGAUUUGGAUCGUAAACGUGCACAAGCUAAACUAAUUGAUAAUAUAAAACUUUAUGAAAAAUGUCAACAAAAUCACAAAACACUUGUUCUUGAUGUUGGUGCUUCUUUAGGACACUUUGGCUUAUAUGCUGCAGCAUGUGGAUGUCGUGUUUAUAUGUUUGAGGUUGAUCCAAUCAAAAUUUCAUUACUUCAAAAAUCAAUUAAAUUAAAUUCAUUUGAAACACGUGUUACUUUAAUUCCAAAAGCAAUUAGUGAUUUACCACCAAAAACUAAAAUUUAUAUGAGUUUUAAUACUAGUAGUCAAGUACCUGGUAAUGAAGUUGAUGAGAGUUCAGACAUGUAUGCUGUAGAAACAACAAAUUUGAAUCAAUAUAAUUUUUCUACGGAUAUUUAUUUAUUUCGUGUUGAUGUUGAAGGUUAUGAAAUACAUGUAUUUCGUUCAUGUGAAAAUUUAUUUCGUAAGAAUAUUAUACAUCAUGUUCUAUUUCAAUAUACACCUUCAGGAACAGAUCGAGUUUUACAAAAUGAUCUUCUUAGUUAUAUGAGAGAUAUUCUUGGUGGACGAAGAUUUUAUGCAUUACAUCCAAGACAACCUAUUUUAUAUGGUCCAAUAUAUAAUGAAGAUAUUGAACACUUUUAUACUCAACAUCAAGCACUAAAUUUAGAAAGAGAUGUUUAUGUAUUAUUUCAAGAUGAGGAUUUAAAUAUUGAUUCUAAACCUUAUGAAUUUCAAUCAUCUUUUGAUUAA